UUGAUAUUUUUGUAGAAUGUCUAAAGAUACAAAAUUUUUUGUGAGACCAAAAGUCAGAUUUUGUCAAACUGAUGCCGGCAAAUCGACAACAAAAGAGUUAAAAAAUUCGAUUGAUCAAAAAACUGUUAAGCAACCGAACAAACCAAAAAUUAAAAGUAUUGUAACAUUAACUAAACCCGUGAAAUUAGUAAAAUUAAAUGAAAGAUCUGAUAAUUGUGAGAAUAAAAACACAGGGCUUGUUAAUAAUAUAUCAAGUCCAAACUUAUUAUGUGCUAAUACACUUCCUCCUUGCAUAAUUGAAACUUCUUCUGGGAAAGAAAAUCCUAUCAAAGUGGAGAAUCAAAUUCCAUUAAAUGAUGCUAAUAAUAUUCAGAAUAUUAAAGCAAAUUCUAAAGAAAUUGCUAUGCCCAAAACUUCUAUUAAACCUCUAAGCAAUGAUGUAAUAGCCUCUACAGAUUCUUCGAUCGAACAAGGUGAAAAUAUAAAAAAGAUACUUAAAUCUGAAAAUGGUUACAAAAGUAAUAGUCUAAAAAAAGAUUGUAUAAGAGGUAACAAAGAAAAAGAGAAUGGAGCAACAGUUGUUAAAAGGGAUAUUAAGACUUCAACUAUAAAAUCCUCAGAUUUAGACAUUUUAAAACAUAAAAAUAGACUUUGUUCUGUUAGCACUGCUACAAAAAAGUCAAAUGUUACAAAUAAAGUACCUCUCUCAAGUACAAUUAAAAAGAAUGUUAAUUCAAAAUCUGUUGUUAAUGUUAUGCCAUGUUAUAAAUAUAGUAAAAGUGUGCCCAAAAUUAAAGGCCCUUUUGUUAAAAAAACUAUGAUAAGGGAUAUAAUUGGUCCUAAGAUAAAGCCUUAUAUUGGCCCAGGAAAACCAUGCAAGCAGACAAAUAAUUUAAAAAUUCCAGAAAAUGAUGAAAACACCCAUUUGAAAUCAAUUAUUUCUGGAGAAAAAUUAGCAAGACCAGAAUAUAAUUCAAUUAUCUGUACAAUCAAUAAAUUAAAUGAAAUGAAGCAGCAAAAAGUUAUAACUGAUAUAGAACAUUUACCAGCUUCAUAUAAAAAUCUUAUAAAUGCAAAGGUUUCUACUGCUUUAGAUUUUCCCCUUGAUGAAAUAGUUUACAAGAAUUUGGUGGACUUAUCUAUAGAUGACAAUCAAUUACCAAGUAGAUUAAUUCGUAGUAAGGAUCCAGAACCACAACAAAAGGAUGUUAUACCAAAACUCUCUGAUUUUUUUACACCUAUAUCUACAGAUGAGUAUUGUACUCCUGUUUCUAUAAAACCACGAUCUGUAGAAACUACAGAUAAUUGGAGUGCUUUUAGAAUAAGUGAUCAAAUAUGUGAAUGGAAACAGAAUUUAGAUCUUGUAUAA